AUUAUUUUUAGAAUAAGUUGUUGACGUCUUUGUAUGAUUAUUUAAUAUUUUAAUAAUUUAUUUAUUUGAUAAUAUAUCAUUUCCAUUAUGGGAGAAAUAUACAAUACAGAUUUAUAUGUGAAACAGGUUAAUGUUGUGGACAGUUCACGAAUAAAUUUAUUAACAAUGGUUGGAUUAUCGAAAUCUGGAUAUCUCGAGGUUAAACAACCGUCAAAUAUUAAAGGACGAAAAUUAAAGACAUGGAAGAAAAAGUUUGUUGUAGUUCACAAGAUGACAGACUUAGCAGCUGGAACCUUUGCAGCAAAGUUCUUGCUCUACAAUGACGAAGAUGAUUCAAAACUAACAACAAGUGACAAGCAAGCAUACAUAUUUGACCAUGUCACCUCAGUAGAAACAGCCAAGUCAAAGACACGCCCUCUGGCGUUCCAAAUUGUACAGGAAGCGCCUGCUUUGAUGUUGUCAGCAAUGACAGAAAAAGAAACAAACGACUGGAUGACUUCUUUGAAAGAACUUUUCUGGCCAGAUGAAAACAAGCCACCUGGUGAUACAUUUCAUGUGACUGCUGAACAGAACGAUGACGCAAAGACUUGGUCAUUGUCCGGAGAUUAUUGGUUGACCGUCACUCCAGAAAUCAUCACCAUCAAAUCUAUCGAGGACAAUUCUAUACACGAGUGGAACUUAAACUUUAUAAAAAGAUUCUUCAUGGAUAAAAUUGAUGUUAACAUUCUCAUCAUAGAAACAGGAUCGAUUUCUGAAUUUGGAGAAGCAAAUUUCCGGUUUAGAUCAACUUGUGUACCCGAUAUAUUAGCUGUCAUAAAACAGAACAUUCAAAAAGCGAUACAGUUGAGGACGCAAAGAAAACGAAAUCCUAAUUCUAAUUCUGAAUCAUCGUAUACCAUUGUACAAGGCAACUCAUCCACCUCUUCAAAUGAUAAAAGUUUCCAAAGUCUCCUUAUCAGGAGUAACGAUACACAGAAUAGCAGCACUAUGAGUGUCUCAACAGUCGACUCUAUUCCCACAAGAAGCAGGAGCAGUAGCGAAAAUAGUUCUACCUCUGCGGAUGAAUACAAUUCUUUAAAUAUUACAAACAGUCGUGCAAAUGAAACAAAGAUAGUAUCAACGCUAACAGUGAGUAAAGACAAUGGAAGAAACAUUGAAGUGAAAAUCGAUCAGUCAGGAUACAGUCAUGUAGAAACAGUUCAAAAUGAAAGCGAACAAACAAACAUUGAUGUCAAAGCCAGAUCCGCGUCAGGUUGUGUAGAAAAUGGCGACGACUUUCACAGAUCGACAUCUGUCUGCUCUUGUGAUUCUGGUUUUGCUCAAUCCGUCACAGACUCAACAUGCGUAGAUGAAAACAAACGGCGAACGCAUAUAAGUAACAAUUCGUUUGAUAGUGGAAUAUCAACGUCGAUUAUCAAACCAGAAAUUUCAGCAUCAAUAGGGGGUAUAUUUGUAGUGACGGAAAAUUCACAAACGUCUAAGGACACCUUCGUGCCGUAUUCAAAAGUUAUAGAAGAAGCAUCAGUAAAAGACGAUACUAUACCUGUAACCCGAAAGAUCAGUAACAAUAGCAAUUAUGCAAGUAUUUAUUGGGAUGCUGAAGUUGACACAAUACAUGUUCCGAGCGAACCGGAAAAGAAGGAAAAUUUAUAUGAGGAUUUAGACAAAUAUAGGAAAAACCUAAGUAAACAUCUCGGUUAUGAUCCAAAAAUAAAUCCUUCUGAAGUACCCCCAUCACUACCCGACAGACCUUCUACGUUGCCAGUGAGGCGAAAAAUUCGGUCUAAAAGCACGAAAACAAAAGAUAAGAAAACAACAGCAAUACAAGAAAUGUUCAGGACUGUAACACGAGGUCGAACAAGUUCGAUAUCAUCUACUUCAUCAAACACAUCAGAAGGCGACGAAGAUAAACUGAAUACCACUUCAAUAAGCAACAGACCAAAAUGGCCGCUACCAAGCAGCGCUGUUUCCGGCAACAAUGAAUUGUAUACAUCUGUUCCAGACGCAGGAGUAUUCUCUUCCGUUAGACCUAGAGCACGUUCGUAUGAAGACAGACCUUCAAAAAAGCCUGAACUUUUUAACGAUAGUAUUGUUACAGUACAGAAUUGGCCGAUGGCUGCUGCUUCUAACAUGGGUUUGAACUCAGUGUAUGAUCCGAUUUAUAGCCAAGUAAAUAAAGACGAAUCUGGAACGGACACUAAUGCAAUAUCAAAAUGUCGCUCUUUUAGGAGAAGUAGUAGUUCUAUUGAUUUAAUGGUACAAGACAGGCGUCGUUUAACACAAAGAGCUGUCGAUCUUUUGACAGGAGAUUUAAACGACGAGUUAAUUCCAAAACAUUCAGAUAUACUGACUCCUGUUUCAAUAUCACAGCCUGAGGAGCCGGAUUUUAUUGACUUUGCAACUGAUAUCAGCGUCCCAGAGGAUCAAAAAGAUAUGAAUGCUGCUGAAAGUGGUGACGUUUGGAAUCCAUUUCCAAGAAUAGCAGAUUUUACAAACGCUAUACCGCCCGAGGAUGAAAAUUCAGAAACACUUGAUAGUAUACCGGAACUUAAUGCAUCGGAUCCAUUCGAUAUAUUUCACAUUGGAGUUAUAAGCUCAAGUUUUGGUUUAUCUACAGACAACUCUUUUAUUCAAUCGGAUUUCGUAACAGAACCAUCAGACUUAGAUAAGACUAUUUAUAAUCCGAACGAAGAAAUUUACAUGGACAUGGGAAAUCAAACAUUACGUCAUGAACAGGCUGUUGAAUAUGUACUUCCUACGGAAGUGUCUCGGACUUAUACCUCAUAAUUCAUGUGUAGUGCUAUUUGUGUUUAAUAUGUAUUGGGAUACCAAAGUGCUUUCAAAUGUACA